UAUAUUACCAUAUUGUAUUGAAUGCAAGAGUAUUCUUUCGAACUUUCACUUUUCACUUUUUUUUAAUUCCUUAGCAAAAAGUUUCAAAAAAUGGGUAAUAUAUUUAGCAGUUGUUUUCAAUUUAAAAAGACGAAAACGCAAGGCCAUAGACUUGGGGGUAAUAAUACUACUACAAUUGGUAGCAGUACGAAUGAAAGUGGAUGGAAAACAAAUGAACAAUCGUUGAAUAGUAGUGGUAGAACUACGGGAGGCAGCGGAGGAGCGCCUUCUAGAGAAGAUAUGCUUGCUGCCGCUCAAAAAAGACAAGACGAAGCGAGAUCAAAAGGAGUACAAAAAGGUGGAGGCAAAUUAAGUAAGAAACUCGAAGAUCAACAAAAAAAUCCGAAUCAACCUGACUUAGUUCCUUCAGAUUCAAAUCUACAAUGGAGAACGGAUUGAGAUUCAGUUAUUAUUUAUUGAACUAUUAUUAUGUUAUUUAUUUAAUUUAUUUUGACAAGAAGAAAGGAUAUUUAUAAAUUUAUUAUAACAGAUGAUAAUAUUAUCAUAAAGGAUGGAAAAAAAAUAGGGUUCUCAAAGGAAAUUUAUCAGAAAUC